AUGAGUAGCGUGCACCGGGGUGGAGAGGAGAGGGGAGGUGUGGUGGAGGUUCACUGGGGGUGCGUGUACCCGCAGAGCCCCGGGUACCGCUCCAACUGGGAGCUGCCCACCUGGAUCCGGGCAAUUCCCAUCCCGGGGAAUUCUCUCCCAAAGGAGAGCGGUGUGGGGGGUCUGUGCGUGGAGCCGCCUGGCGCUGCCGCUGGCUGGCGGGCUCCGGACAGCUGUUCCUGCACGCCCUGCCCCGGUUUAACGCCGCCGGGACCCCCUUCCCCUCGCAAUGCCCCGCUCCCCCCAUCCCGGGCCCGCUCUCCCCCCUGUCGGUUCCUCCCUCCCGGCUGUUCCUCGCCGCCGCCAGAGGGGGCGCUGCCGCCCCGGCGCUCGCCGGCUGAUGCAAUCCCCACGCGGAGGGAGGGGCGGAGCCUCCCCCCGGCGGCCUCCCCUGGUGCCCAAUGGGCGGCGGCGGCGCCGGGUGACGUCGAGGGGGCGGGCGGGCGCCUGCGCCGUCGGGGAGGUCCCCGCCCCUCGGGGCUCGCGCCGGCGGCGGGCGGGUCAAGGCGCCGCGCUCGCCCCCGCGCCGCCAUUUUGUGCCGCAGCCCGCAACAGGAUGGAGCCGAUCACCCGAGGGAAGCCGCCCGCCCGACCCCGCCGACAACGACCCGCAGCCCCUCGACGGAGCGUCGCUCCGCAGACCCCGCCGCACCGCUGGGAACGCUGAAGAGUCUCCCUCAGCCCCACCGCCGCUCCCCCCUCAUGGAGUCAAGCGGCCGGGAACACGGCCUGGGGCGGGCCCGGCUGGGCUUCGCCGCGGCCUGGCCUAAAUUGGCCGGGUCCAGCGCGGCCCCCGCCGGCGCCUCGCCCCAGGCGAGCCCGCCCUUCUCCUGGCUGCGGCUGAUGUCGCAGCUCCUUUCCCCGCUGCCCGCUUUGCUGCAGCGGCUGCUGCCCGGCCCCGCGCUGAGCAGUGCCCUCUGCCCCGCCGCCGGGCAGCCGCCCGCUAAGGGACCCCAGGCCUCGCCGCUGCCGCUGCUGCUGUCGGAGCCGGCCGCCUCGCUGGACUGGGCCGAGGAGACGCUUCCGUGGCCGGAGGAGCCCCUGGAGAAAGGGGGAGAGGUCGGCACGGAGCCACCGGCGGGGGGCUGGGCAUCCGGAGCGGUGCGGAGCCUGGUGUCCUUCCCCUUACGGCGUGUGGACUGGUACGUGCUGGGCUCGGAGCAGGGCCGGGCGGGCUCCUCCGGCAAGAACCAUCUGCCCCAACCCCUACGAGCCGAGGUCCCCGCCGAGGCCUGGCGAGGCUGCCCUGCCCGCGGCCGUUUGCCGGAGGUUGAGUUCCUCCGCAAUAAGCGCUUGGCUUUCCUCCAGCGCUGGCAUUUGGCGAGUGGUGGCCUGGCCGUGCCAGAGCCGGACCACGGCUAUCACAGCCUGGAGGAGGAGCAGCAGCAGCACAAGGGCCUUCGUCAAGAAGAGGUAGAGGGACGGAGGGACCACCGGUGCGACGCCGGGGAGUUAAAGCAGCCCCAGGAGCCGAGCGAGCCGGGGAGACAAGCUGGAGGUGGCUCCUUGGAGCAGGAGGGGAUCAGGGGUUCAGCUGAGAAGGAGGCGUUUGAGAGGGAAGCCUUGGCUGAAGAGGAUGACGAGGACUCCGAAAUAGAGCAAAACCUUCCAUUUUCGGCCAGACCUGCCUGUGCAAAUAAAUUAAUAGACUAUAUCAUAGGGGGAGCUUCCAGUGGGGAGGAGAGUGCGGAUGAUGAGGAAGACUGGGAUGAUGAUGAUGAUGGGUUUGACAGCGAAGGACUCCCCUCUGAUUCAGACGCCGGCAGUCAGGACGGGGAAAGGCUUCAUCUCUGGAAUUCCUUCUACAGUUUGGAUCCCUACAACCCUCAGAACUUCACAGCCACCAUUCAGACCUCUUCCAGCGAUCGGGGAAAGGAUAUAUCAGAUGUGGAGGAGGAAGAGGAGGAGGAGGAGGAUUCCUCGUGGGCAGAGGAGUCCUCAGGCUCUCCUCACCCUAGUUCUGAAGAGGAGGAGGACGAGUGGGACUGUAGCAGCGUGGAUGAGGCAGAAAGCUUGAAACUUUGGAACUCGUUCUGUACCUCAGAUGAUCCGUAUAACCCUUUAAAUUUCAAGGCAGCCUUUCAAACAGCAGAGAAAAAAGGGACAUCUAGUUUAAAAGGAGCAGAGAGGCCGAGUUUGGUCGUUUCUGAGCGUAGUCACUUAACUGUCUGUUGCGUGCAGCUGGAAAAACAUAACUGUGGGGUGCCUGACUUUGUGCAGCAGGGCAUUCUUGCUGGGGAGAAAUGUAGGAGUACCAAGCGGAAAAAGGUCACUUUCCUUGAAAAAGUUACCGAGUAUUACAUAAGCAGCGAGGAGGAUCGUAAAGGCCCUUGGGAGGAGCUUGCACGGGAUGGAUGCAGGUUCCAGAAACGGAUCCAGGAAACAGAGGAAGCCAUCGGAUACUGCUUCACGAGGGAGCACAGACAGAGAGUAUUCAAUAGACUCCAAGAAACCUACUCACAAGAGGGUUGAUCCCUUCUAGCACCUUAAAAGAUUCCGGUAGUUGUGUGACCGUACGCACCGAUGAGCAUCUUCCAAACAAGACAUGGCAGCUGCAUGUGCUAUUUUGAAACGGGGAGAGAAGUGAGAUUUUAACAAAUUAUUAUUUUUUUUUCCCCAGUUCGAUAUUCAGCCAACAGGUAUACCCAUGAACCCCCUUUUGGUAUCCUGACAAAACCUUUUGAGUAUCAUCGAGGGUGAGGGUGGGGUAACUGCAUUCCUUUUUAAGUAACACUUGAGAAACAGACUGCUUUAGGUUAAAUCCAUUCCAAAAAUGCCUUGUCUGCCGUGUGUGGAGAAGUGGUGACUAUUUAGUUGGAUUUUUUGCACUUUGAAAAAAAAAAAAA